AUGCAGCAAUGUUUUCUUUCAACAAAUUUUUACAUAUUACGUAUCGAAUAUUCGAUGAAUGAAUAUAAAAAUCAACGAAUUCCAUGGAAAGAUCGUAUAUUCAAACGUACCGUUUGGAUAACAGCCAUUUGUUGGGUAAAUCUUUUAUUCUGGAUAGCGAUAAUAAAAUGGCCAAACGAUAUAUUUCCAUUAACAUUCAAUGAUAUUGAUCAAAUGACAGCCAUUCAUGGUAGUAAUCUAUUUUCAUUUGCAUCAAUAUUUACAUUUUCGACAUUAGAAUAUGUUUGGUUUUCAACAUUUUUUCCAUUAUUAUUGAAUUAUGAUUUACGUGCUAAUGAUUUGCUGAUAAAAUAUGGUAAAUUUAGUCAUUAUCAUUUAAGUAAAAAUGUUGGUCAAAAAUUUUAUAAAUUAGUUACUAUAAAAUUAUCAUCAAAAUUUAAACAUAUAUUUCGUCAUCGUAAUCAACGAAAAUUAUUUAUUAAUAAUGGACGACUUUAUUUUCGUUAUUUUCAACUUCUCAAUAUCUAUAACAUUUCAUUCAUAAUAUCACUUAUUACAAUGUUUUGUACAACAACAGCAAUCUAUUCACGUCUAUCAAAUCUACCAUUAUAUAAUCAACAAUGUUGUAAUUUUUUAUUUGAAUGGAAUGCUCGUAUCCAAUCAAUAUGUUCAAUUGCGAUGAUUAAACGUAAAGUAAAACGUUAUUAUCUUCUACACGAAAGACAAACAAUUAAAAUCAAUUUGUUCAUACAGACAAUGACUGAUAAUCGUUUUGGUUUUACAUGUGGUCAGAUAUUUUUCAUUACAAAAUAUAAAUAUUCAGAAUUAAUUAUGUUGAGUAUCGUAUUGAUACUUUUAUUCUAUAAAAAGAUUUUUCUUAAUCUUGAUCUUAAAUCAUAA